GUCCGACCCCGGAGCGCCGCAGGUCAUCUUGAACGUUCCAAAUACCUACCAUUACCUGAUGCUGCUGAUAAAGUCAGCAUGGCUUUAAACUCAGGAUCACCACCAGGUGUUGGACCUUACUACGAAAACCAUGGAUACCAACCGGAAAGCCUCUAUCCCCGGCCGCCCCCGGCGGCCCCUGGUUACGGAGCGUAUCCGGCUCAGCACUACCCGCCCUCGGUACCCCAGUACUCCACAACGGUUUCGACUCGGGCUUCGACACACGUCGUCCACAGGCAGUCCAAAUCCCCAUCUGGGACAGUAUGCACCUCAAAGACUAAGAAAGCAGUGUGCGUGACCAUCACCCUGGGGGUCCUCGUCACGGCAGUAGUGGUGGCCGCCAUCCUGCUCUGGAAGUUUUUGGAGCACAAGUGCUUGAGGUCCGGGAUCGAGUGCGGCUCCUCGGGAACCUGCAUCAACUCCUCCCAGUGGUGCGAUGGGGUCCUGCACUGCCCCAACGGGGAGGACGAGAACCGGUGCGUUCGCCUCUACGGACCAAACUUCAUCCUCCAGGUGUACUCGCCUGAGAGGAACUCCUGGCACCCCGUGUGUCGAGACGACUGGAGUGACAGCUACGGGAGGGCCGCCUGCCAGGACAUGGGCUAUGGGAAUAGUUUUUAUUCCAGCCAAGGAGUGGUGGACGACAGCAGGGCCACAAGCUUUAUGAAGGUGAACACAAGUGCCAACAGUAUGGAUUUCUAUAAAAAACUGUACCACAGUGAUGUCUGUUCUUCAAAAACAGUGGUUUCUUUACGCUGUAUAGAGUGCGGGGUCUCCUCGAAGAGCCACCAGAGCCGGAUCGUGGGUGGGAACAACGCCGCCCAGGGAGAGUGGCCCUGGCAGGUCAGCCUGCACAUCCAGGGCGUCCACGUCUGCGGAGGCUCCAUCAUCACCGCCGAGUGGAUCGUGACUGCCGCCCACUGCGUGGAGGACCCGCUUAACAACCCGCGGUAUUGGACCGCCUUUGCAGGCAUUUUGAGCCAAUCUUUCAUGGUCUAUGGUGAUGGAUACAGAAUAGAAAAGGUGAUUUCUCAUCCAGAUUAUGACUCCAACACCAAGAACAAUGACAUCGCUCUUAUGAAGCUGCAGACACCUCUGACUUUUAACGACAGAGUGAAACCAGUGUGUCUGCCCAACCCGGGCAUGAUGCUGGAGCCGACACAGUCCUGCUGGAUUUCCGGGUGGGGCGCCACCUACGAGAAAGGGAAAACCUCGGACAUGCUGAACGCCGCCAUGGUGCCCCUGAUUGAGCCCUCGGAAUGUAACAACAUGUAUGUCUACAAUGGCCUGAUCACGUCCACCAUGAUCUGUGCAGGCUAUCUGCAGGGAGGCAUCGAUUCCUGCCAGGGUGACAGUGGAGGUCCUCUGGUAGCGUUGAAGAGCAGCAUCUGGUGGCUGAUUGGGGACACAAGCUGGGGAUCUGGAUGUGCCAAGGUUAACAGACCAGGAGUGUACGGAAACGUGACAGUAUUCACAGACUGGAUUUACCAACAGAUGAGGGCAAACAGCUAACCCAUAUGGCCUUUGUCCUUGAUGCUGUCCUUGUUCCACAAGAAAAUGAAGGGGCCGGUUUUUAAUUCCCUGUGCAUAAUGUAUUUUUAGCAAUGAUUCAAAGAUCGUCUCAUUUUUAUUAAAUAGUGAACCUAUCUGUCCUUGGC